AUCGCUUUCGCAUCGCAAAUCGCACUUUAUUUCCCAUUGUUUUGGGAAGGUCUCUUUCGCAUAUUUAAUCUCUAUUACCUUAUCUAAUCAAAUAAUGAUCUUUUGAUCACGAAAAAAUCGUGUGGAUAUACAAGUGUUACUAGAUAAUGUAUUAGGUAGUCAAUUCAUCAAAGCGUAACGUCGCGAGUGGCUGGCUUAAUUUAUUGUAUCAAGUCGGAAUUUCGACAAAUGUGAUUCGGUGUCGCUAUGGAGGAUUAUAAGUUUCUCUUUAAAGUGGUGCUAGUUGGUAAUGCUGGUGUGGGGAAGACGUGCCUGGUGCGAAGGUUCACUCAAGGGCUAUUUCCUCCCGGGCAAGGUGCUACGAUAGGAGUAGAUUUCAUGAUAAAAACAGUGGAAGUUGACGGCGAGAAAGUGAAGCUACAGAUAUGGGACACAGCGGGGCAGGAGCGCUUCCGGUCCAUCACACAGAGCUACUACCGGUCCGCGCAUGCACUCAUACUCGUAUACGACAUAUCUUGCCAGCCCACCUUCGACUGUUUACCAGACUGGCUGCGGGAAAUCGAAGAAUAUGCCAAUAAUAAGGUGCUGAGGAUAUUAGUAGGUAACAAAACCGACCGCGAGGACCGCGAGAUCCCUCGGCACAUCGGCGAGGAUUUCGCGCAGCGGCACGGAAUGUACUUCCUGGAGACCUCCGCCAAAGAGGCCGAGAAUGUUGAGCGGCUGUUCAUGGAGAUAGCUGUGGAACUUAUGGAGCAAGCGAAAUGCAAGGAGCUACCUAAGUACGACGGCAGCCUAGGGCCCAUCAAUGGUAAGACGACGUCCGUCGGAGACUCCUCCUGCUGCUCGCGCUCCUAAACUACACCUUAUGUCCUUGCAAUAAGAGUUACAUAUGAUCAGUUAGUUUUGUUGACAAUUAGUAUCUAUGGUUGAGUUAAACAUUCGCUGCACGUGGAUAUGUAGUGUGCUCUCUGUCACACCUACUUGUGGCAGGAGGCGUUCUGUCUCUUUUACUUGCCGCGUGCAGCGAGUUUUGAACACAACACUUAUGACAUCAAGUUGUACCUUAACUCAAUGCAAUAUGGUUGAAUAUCGAAGAAGUAUGACUGCUUAUGACCCAUCGUUACUCGUAAACAUUUGACGGGGUAUCUGUGUAUUAGCCAUCUUUUCUGGAGCAUUCUACGGGCUGUCCCGGACAGACGCAUAUUAUGUGUUGCGACUUUUUUGGCAUUUAAAGCAGGCGAUUAUUGUUCUGUGCAUAUUUUUGACAGUUAGUUAUAGAAAAGGAAACUCUUAUAAGUACCUGCAAAUCUUCAGAAAAUUCGCGUUCAUAUGGGACAAUGGUACACAAUUUCAUGGAAUGCUCCUUCUGCACUUAACGCAGCAGCGCUACCUAUUGACCGGAAGUUGAGUUAUUUAAAGGCCAUAUAAGCUCCAUCCAUUGGGCGCUGAGACCUGUGGUAAAAAUAUCUCCAUUUCUGUUCACCUAAAGCAGGCCACUGACGAGCCUUCCAAAUGGAUGCCGUUACAAUGGAUUCAUCAAAAUGGACGGCAUCCUAAUAUUAAACAUUGUACGUUUUUGACAUUCACGGACCGAUUUUGGAUUGCAGCCACGCUAUUUGGACUGUUGGAAGGCUCGUCAGUGGCCACCUUGGUCGAUCAACUAUUUCUUGUUGUUAUUCUGUCCCAUCAGCCAGGAGACAAUAGUAGCAUAGUUUCUUAGAAGAACUGGUGUACCAUGUUCUACAAACGUGCUUAGUAGAUGUCCCAUUAUGGAAAGGCCUUAUAACUACCAAAAAAUCAAGUUUGGUUAAUUUAAAUACGAAAUAACUAAUAUUUUAAGAGUGACCCAGGAGACCGUAACCAUGGCAACUAGUGACAAGAAAAAGUUGAUUCACCUAAUAGCGCUGAAUAUUGAAGGAUCGUGAUUUUGUUUACGUGAUACUGUCUCACGCUUCUUAUUUUAUUACCCCCUUAUUCAUAAAACUUUACGGACACGAUUUAGUUAAAUUAUGUUUUAUCCCUUUCUUACAAAUUCAGUUAAAUUAUGUUUUAUCUUUUUCUUACAAUGACAGAUACUCCGGCUUCAUAUAGUUCGUUUUUUUAGCAUUAGAAAGAACUCCACAGAAGCAAGCGUGCAGUUUUUAUCAGGCUCUUUAAUUGUUGAUAAUUAGUAUAAUUACUGAAUUAUCUAAUGUAGCAUGGUCAAUACAUAUAAUUUACUUCAAAUUAUUACCGCUAAAAGUGCCGGAUUUGGAACGACAAGCUUACUUCUGCGAAGUUCUUUCUAAUGCUAAAAAGAACGGACUAUAGUAUGGAUCUAUGGACGAAUCAUAAUUUUAUUGUUGUUACUGUGCAGUGGUAUUAUUGUAGCAGUAUUGUCUCAUGAAGAGAUUUUCUUUUUUUUAUAAGUACAUUUAGGUACAGCAUUUCUCUUUGAAAUACAUUUAUUUUACUUUUUUUAUUGUUAGAAUUACUUGAGGUUCUAGGUAAUUAAUUUAAAAUAAUAAAUUAAUAAAAUUUUACAUGAUACUAAAACCCAUAUCUAUAAUAAUAGGGUGCAGUUUGGAUGUAAACAAUGCAAUUUUUGUUUUAUCAUAUAAACCAGCGGUCGGCAACCUUUUAGCAGCCAAGGGCCAUAUAGUAGUUAACGAAGUUAACGCGGGCCGCAGUUUGGUAAUAUUUGUGACUUUAGCAGACAUUGUCGUUUGUCAUUAUUACAUACAAAAUAGGGGAGGGAGUCCAGGGAGGCUCGCGGGCCGCAUGCGGCCCGCGGGCCGCCGGUUGCCGACCGCUGAUAUAAACCAUGAUGGAAUUAACUAUUAUUAAUUUAUUAUGUUAACAAUAACUUAUUUAUGAUAAGAUUCAUAAGUACUUUGGGGUGAUUUUAAAUAUUGGUAUGUCUAUUGAUGUUUUCAGAUCAUCAGCCGACUUUUCGUAAUUCCCAUUUUUAGAAUUGCCUCAAAGCAAUUUAAAAAGAGUUAACAAUGAAUUAUCAAUUGAUAUUAUUUUUAUUUAAAUGUCAAUAACGAUACCGCGCAGGGUAAAAUUUACAAGGAAUUGAUAAGACUUCGUUUAAUAGUAAGACCUAAUCCUAAACCUAGAAGAAUCUAGAAGAUACUAAACCUUGUAUUUAUAGUUUACUCGUACCAAAGAGAAUUUGAAAUAGAGGAAUAUUCGAAAGUAGGCUAAAAGAAAAGAUGGCGAUACUUUUUGACAUUUAACAAAUUUAAAAUUUAUCAGUGAAAAAUAAAUAUCAAAGUCAAAUGGCGUUCUAAAAGUGUGUCAUUUGUGUCGAAAGAUAGCAGUAAAUGUACUAAAUGUUAAUGUACAUAAUUUACUUUGACAUUAUUCCUCUAGUCUAAAUUCUCUUUGCUCGUACCUAUAUAUCCCAAAAACAAAUUGACAGUUCAAUUGCCCUUAUUUAUAAAACCAAUUUGUCAUUUUGGUACAAAUAAAUUGGCCAUUCUAUUUUCCGGUGUAAUUUCAAAAUGGCGGCGUCGUCUCGAGUUUUUUUUUAUUAUUUCUCAUUAAUGUUGUUUAAAGUACAAUAUUGAUAACUUAUUAAUAAGAAAAAAAUUGGCCAAUCGAACUGUUAUUUUAUUACAGUCAAAUUUAAACAUACGGGUGCACAAAUCGUCUCAAAACUAUGUCCCAUAGCUCUUAUGUCAGUGAAUUAAGAACGGGACAUACCUAUUUUUGAGUAAGUUGUCUAUACCCGUAUUUUUACACCUGUGGCCUAUUUUAUAAAGCUACAAGUUACAAUUUACAAGCGGAAGUCUCGUUCUAACACAUAGGGUUAGAAAGAGACUUCCGCUUGUAAAUUGUAACUUGUAGCUUUAUAAAAUAGGCCACUGACUGUACCUACCAUUGUACACUGUUAACUGGCAAUUCCUGAACCUAAUUUGUAAUGAUAUAAGGUUCAGUUCAGUUAGGGCCACUUGCACCAACUCACUAACCCGGGGUUAACUGGUUAAACCUGGAAUUACCAUGGUUACUAGGGCCCACUUGCACCAUUCUACUAACCCGAGGUUAACGAGUUAAACCAGGAGUUACCAUGGUUACCAGAACAAUUUGACACUAAGUUAACGGUUUAACCACUUAACCCUGGGUUAACGGGAUGAUGCAAGUGGGCCUAGUACAAUUUGACACUGGGUUAACGGUUUAGACGCUGACGCCUAAGAGUGUAGAGUGUCUGGGAUAAAAACACAGCUUAAAGGCUCAGUUUCAUUGGUCGAUAAACAAGGUGCGGUGACUGGUAAAACUCAUUAUGACAUGUGUGGGUAUCUUCCGCACCCCGCAUGCGGGGGUCUAUCGACUAAUGAAAACAGUUCCCCGAAUGCGGGCCCUGUGGCGUGCGUUAUGGAAAUCUCCUAUAUCCCGCAUGCGGGGCCUAUCAACCAAUGAAACUGAGCCUUAAUAUCAGUUUUAAGUGCGAGAAUACCACUGCAGGUGAUCGUAUUUUGUGCGAUAAUCUUGAUGAAUCAAAGCUGAACAUAAUGAUCCAGGAAAAUAAAACUUAUUGCUCAUAUUUAAAGUUCUAAUUCGAACAACAAAUUUAGUUGAGACUGCGAGGUAGUUUGCGCUGUAAUCACAUAGUUUUAGCCUUAAAUUUAACUUGGCUAAACAAAAUUUAACUUUAACUAUGAGAUGUAAGAUUGAAUUUCCUAAUCACUACUAAGUUACUUCGUUACUCAUGUUAUAUAUAUGUCGGCGGCCGAUCGUAAGAUCGGGCAUAUCGUGAAAUUCCUAGGCAUAUCGUGAAACGUGAAAAUCUUUGAUUCUUUCCCUGAGUCGACGGAGCCCCGCUACGCGGGGCUCCUAUUUCUGGGCAGUUUGCCCUUCGGGCAUCUGAAGCAUCCUAACGAACCUAUCCUACCUAUAUAUUGGUUUAAUGUGACUAUCGUCAAAACACACACACAGGAACAUUACGAUCUGCCUGAUCUUACGAUCGGCCGCCGACAUAUAAACCGUAUUCUAGUGGUCGAGGUCAUUCCAAUCUCUUUAAAUUAAGGUAUAGUGUUGGUGCAAUGUCAUAAACAAAAAUUUGUCAUAAAUGCUCUACGGGCGUCUUAUAGUCACGCUUAUCGCGCACGACAAGAUAUAAUAACUAGCGGUAUCAGAUGUUUUGUCAUGUCACGCGCGAUAAACGCUGUUUAUAAUGCGGCUGCUCUUAUAGAUUUAAUUGGUAUGUCAAUUCAGUAGUGGUAGUGUAAGUUGCAUAUCAAAUAUUGUAGAUUUGACCAAAAUAUAUAGUCUUAGCUUCUUGUGUAUACAUUAGUAUGGCUGGAGGUAUGAUAGCUAAUAAUAUUAAUAUGAUAUGAAAUUAAUUUUUGCUCAAUGAGCUCUCUAUAAAUUAAUCUCAUAGUAAAUCAGUUAGUAGAGGGUUUUUUUAAUGGUUUAAUUAUGGUGAUGCUAAGGGCAUUAAAUUUCAUCGGUCAUCGCCGUCCGGGCGAUAGCUCGUAAUGGUGUAAUGGCAAUGAUAAUGAACCCUUGUGGAUGUCAGCUGUCCGUUGAUGGGUUGAGAAGUGGCAGCCAAAAAAAAGUAGUCUUCGCAUCGUGUAUGCAACCUUGCUUGAUCCAUCGUGUAAACACAGCCUUAUAUACUUUUUUUUAGUCUGUGUUUAGACGGACCAAUGUAAACGGGCCGUUAGGAAUGUCACUUUUUAUUAACGUUUAUAAAUAUCUCUGGAAAUUAAAAAAAAUAAUGAGCAUUACAAGCGUGACUGAUAAUGUUACGAGUAAUUAAUAUAAUGUAGACCCAUUGCAUAAUAAAUUAAUAAUUAUAAAAUGGCAGUUACUUAAAUAAAUAGAAUUCGUAGUGGUGACAUUGUACCAACACUGCCGACUAAAACAAAAUGGUUGCAAUUUUGUUAUAAUAUAAAUAUUAAUUAUUGGUAUUAUAUCUAUCGUGAACAAGCCUUGUUUGGUUUGGUUUAUACUAGGAUAUAAAUCAAAGGGAGCAGGAUUUUUUUAUCAAGGGGGGCUCAGUGCAAAUAAGGUUGGGAACCCCUGAGGGUACCGCUAACAUCGAAAACUUGAGAAAAGUUAUCUGCCUCUUUGUCGCUCGAAUACGCAAGACUCGCAAGAGCGAUAGAGAGGCAGAUAACGAUUUUCGAUUUUUCGUUGUUGGCGGUAGGCCCUCUGGUUUAUAUUAGACAUAGGGCUGAAAUACUAUUUUGUAGAUUAUGGUUGUUUGAGGUUAAAGUGGAUGUAAUAGUGAUUAUGUAACACACAUAGUUUGCUUUACUAAAUAUUAUUAAUGAGUACAUACUAAAGUAAGGACGCUAGGCUUGAAGAAUUUCGGACAUUGACCCGCAAUUUCCUGUCUCUAUCGCACGCGCAUAAUUAUAUUGCUGUCCCGCCCAUAUUGCCGGCGGUCAAUGCCACUACGAAAUUUUCCAUGCUUAACGUCCUUGCUUUAGCAAUUUCUUUGUUUUAAAACAAACAUGGAAUACAGUAAAAAGUACUUGUGUUUGUCAGUGACAGCAGAGACGAGUGAUCAAUAAAAAUUGCUAAUCUUCUGACAAAUAACUUGAAAAGCUUAUCUAGAUGAGUAGAUGGCGCUGUCUUUUCUAUCGCAACGCCAUCUAGUAAAACUCACUGAGUAUUCUCAAUAGGUUAAAUAUUAACGCAAGUGGCACUUCAAUCGUUUAAAAAAAUAUGACAUUGUUCUUAGACAUGCCAAAUCCAAACAAGCCACAUACUACAGACUUUCAUUUGGUUUUUAAUCUGUAGGCAAUUUAACUUAUAAUCUGUGGGUUUUCAACCUUAUUUUGCAUGAAGAUUAGCAGUCUGUGGCUGGCCUUAGGUUGUAAUUAUGUGGAAGUUGUAUUAAUGGUGCGGAGUUAAAGCCGUAACACACUACCACACCGCACCAAAGUCACGGUGCGUCGCACACAUAAGUGCCUAUAAGAGAUAUCUCCUUCUCGCUCUAACUUAUGGGUGCGGCGCACCGUGACCGUGGUGCGGUCCGGUAGUGUGUUACGGCUUUUACACAUCGUACCUAUAUAGUUGUAUAUUUACUUUGUGCAUUUGACAGUGAUUACUAAGCUUUAUAAUAAAUAUACAUUAUAUGUUAGAAACCAACUGCGAGUAGUUGUUGUUAUAUUUGUAAUUUGAGCAUUAUUUUUAUUUGGCGAGUUGGUAUUUAAAUUUUAUUGAAGUCUUCUGACCAGUACACAUAAUGUAGGCCGAUCUAAGAUGUAUCUUCUUAGUAGUUUAUGACACUAGGUUAGCCGUUAAAGGGAGCAAGCGUUAUAGUUAUCUCUUUUCACUGUAAAGCGCUCCUUAGAUUGGCAAACUUUGGCGCAAUAUGUGUACUAGGCAUUAUUUCAUCUUUCAGGAUUACAUGGGGAAUAUAAGUAUUUUAUUGUAAUACAUACUGGGCUAAUGAACGCUUCCUAUCGCAUGACAGUGACAUGCUGUGUGGCUAUGAGAUUUGAGAGUUCACAUUUAUUAUAUUUCAUUUUCUCAGUUUGUACACAGUAAAAAAAUUGGUUGUUUAUAUUUUUUAUUACUCGUUGGUGUUGCCAGAUUAAAACCGCCUUCUUAUUUAAAAAUAAAAUGCGUUUAUAGUAGAUCGACUACAGCAUUAUAACUUAUAACUUAUAAGCCCUAACCCCUAAACUGAGGGGCUACCGCGAAAACCGAAAUUCGCAAAUUGCGGGGAUCUUUCUCUUUUACUCCAAUGAAGGCGUAAUUAGAGUGACAGAGAAAAAUUCGAUUUUCGCGAUUAUAGCCCUGUUCUAUCAUUUUGUAUGGUUGCUUGUAUAGCCGUGAAACUUAUGAGAUAUGUUAUUUAUAGUAAUCAAUGCCGCAAAGUGAUUUAGACUAUUUUAAAGCUUUAGAAAUAGUUAUGUAUGUUAAUUAAUUACGCCACAAAAUAGUGUUUUUGUGAAUUGUUAACUUUAACCUAGGGUUACUGAUAUAUUUAUUAUAAUUUAUAUUAUGCUUGUUCUAGGUGUCUAUUUUGGGAAUACAUAUGUUUUUUUCAUCACAUAUACUUCUUUGUGCACUUACACGCGAGGUUGUUUUUAAAUUGUCUGUUUAAUUGAUGUUGAAUAUGUGCAAUACGAUUUUUUUAUGCUGGUAACAUUGUUAAUGAUAUAAUUUGUAUAAAUAAUGUUUUAUUGCUAAGCUAAUACAGAGAUGAGAUAUGAAAUAAUAACUGCUAAAUAUUCAACAAAUAACAGAACUAGUGUGUCUAUAGUUGACGUGUUACAUACUUAUGGAACUAUACAAAUUAUGUGUUUGAGAUUCUCAUUUUAUAGAAACAGCAGGUGGAGAAUAGCAGUCUUUAUUUUAUAUUUAUCUCUGGCUAACAGUAUGAAAUUCGAAGUAGUAUAGUAGAUGAGCUUCCUUAUGAUUAUUUCUACGUGUGACUGUGACAGCUCUUUUGUAGAAAUCAAUUUAGAAAAUGAAAUAGUUACGUUAUGUGACUGAAUGAAAUAUAAUAGCCGUUUUAUUACAAUUAUUGGAUCUGAAAAUACCUAUCUUGAUGUUUCCUGAUAAUUAUCAUUUUAAAUUAAGCCACCAAAGAAACGGAAUUAUUGUAAUACUCGCAAUUAAUUAAUAAAUAAUAAAAUGAUCACUUUGGAUACAA